AUGGAGACUUUUAACGCAAACAGCGGAUUACCUAAUGUUCUGAAUGGAAACAAUGUCCCACAGCAGACUGGGAGUUUGUGGAGACCGUGGAGUGGGAACGCAGACAGAAGUGGCGCACAUGAGGCCCACAUUAAUGGAGGCGCAGCUGCUGCAGUACACCCCAAAACGUCCAAGUUUGUCCACCCAGUGAGGUUAUACUGGCCCAAAUCCAGAUGUUUCGACUAUCUGUACCAGGACGCAGAGAUGCUCCUGCGUAACUAUCCGGUCCAGGCGACCAUCUGUGUGUACGAAGACUCCAGCAGUGAUGAAGACAGCGAUGAAGAGGAGGAGGAGAUGGAGAAGGAGCUGAAUUAA